AUGGCCGGCGACUCGCUGGCGGGGAGCCUCGGGGAGGUCCCCGCCAAAGAUGUCGCAGUCAUCGCAAAAGCCGCUUCUGAAGAAGCCGCAAAGUGGCUCAAGCGCAACAACGUCGAGGCGGGCGCCGGCACGCUCGCCUAUGCCGGCACCCUCCUCAAGAUCAGCACCUCCAGCGACCAGAGGACGCGGACCGGCAUAUUCAUCCUCAUCGCAUCAGGGGGCACCGUUUACAUCGAACCCCUCUCAAGCAAGGUCAUCGCGAGCGCCACCGACGCGCUGAUCAAGCUGUACCUGCAGUCGGACACCCCGGAGCGUCGCACGAGCAUGUCCGAGUACGUUGAGCUCUCUUUCGCCGACAAGAUCAAGUUGCCCCAGCAGUUUGGAGGCCCCGCUACCACCGUCACCCGCACCCUGGUGGACGACACCGAGCUCAACCGUUUCGUCUCCGUCUCGCACGUGGACAAGCGCGCCCUCGCUGCCAUCAACAACGCCGUCUACCAGGUCCUCCUCGACAAGAUCGUCGUCGGCGAGCGGCCCCGCGAGGAGAUCAUGCGCCUCGUCGACGGGCUUCCUGGGCUUGCAACCGCAACCACCCUCCUCGUUGCCCUCUACUCCAAGGUCUCCGGUGCCGACCCCGACCUCCAGGAGCGGGCCUACGAGGAGCUCGCUCGGACGCCCCUCCUCGCCGGCGGCUUCGGGCGGGAGGCCGAGCAGGAGCGUCGAACCGUCACGCGCCAUCACGAGCGCCGGCACGUUCUGAUCUCGGCCCCCGCCGCGAUCAUCGUCUUCGACACCGGUGCCACCGAACACAUUCAUCCCAACCAGGCCGACCUCAUCAACACCAGGCCGAGCAACGUCACCUUCAUCGGCCUCAGCGGGGAGGCAGCCGACGCCUCCGUCGUCGGCGACCUUCCCCUCGUGCUCACCGACGCCGCCGAGAGGGAGUUUCCAUUCCUCCUCCGCGGCGAGUCCACCAUGCCCCCCAAGAAGUCGCGCGGUAGCAGCACGCUGAGCACGAAGCAGAAGCAAGUCGCAAGCAAGCUGGAAGUGCUUGCCUCCCUCCCCACGAAGCACGGAGGCCUCUCGCUCCCAUGGUAUCACCUCACGGGCAUCUACGGCGAGGGCUCCUUCUUCGAGGACGUCGAAGGCGGCGACCUGCAGCUUGUCAUCGUCCGUUCGGAGAUUUCAGACGCGGCCGAGCACAACCGCGCCGCCCAGCGCUUCAAGAUCUUCCUCGAGGCGGCCUGCCUUGGGUGGGACGAGAACAGGAGGCGAUGGCGAGACAGCACGGGUCCAGCGCCUUGGCACGAGUUGACCUUCGAGAGGGAGAAGGCCGUCGAGGGCCGCCUGGUCGCCGAUGCGGCCGUUUGGGCGCUGCGCGAGGUCGCCGCCGGCCGCAUCCACACCGUGCAGGGCCCGCGCGCCCGCGAGCCCCAGUUCCGCUCGCCGCACUUCCUCUACGAUCUGACCGCGGAGUCGCUGCGCGCCGCGUGGCUUCCGCUCGAUGUGGAGGGGGUGUGCGCCGUCGUCCAUUCGUGGGCGCGCAAGGUCAGCUGGAAGAAGCUCGACGAGAGGAUGCUGCGCUGCUCGCCGCUGGGCGAGCACCUGCCGUCGCAAGCGCAGCUGUUCCACUGGCUGCUCACGCAGGCGGUGGGGCGGAUGCCGGUGACGUACGCCGACGAGGCAUACGUCGCACUCGCCACCGGCAGCGCGCCCGCCGCGCCCACCGGCAGCCCCGCUUCCGGGGCGCGCUUCGAGGCGGAGGCCGAGCGCAAGGCCCGGCUCGAGUCGAUGGCACGCGAGAAGCCGCUCGCGCUGCUCUGGCUCGCCUUCCUUCGCGGCGCGACGCGCUGCCUGCUCACGCCCGAGCACGCGUGCCACGCCGCCUUCGCCGACGAUGACACGUACCCCCUCUGGCGCUACACCAACGACGUGCUCCGGGCGCUUCCCGCCGAGAUGCACCUCGUCGCGGCGUGCGCCGACAGCCCCGAGUGGGCAAACGUCAGCCAGACCUACGCCGAAUGGCCGGCCGAGGCGACGCUCAGCCUCGCCGAUGCGGCCCGCUCGCUCGCGCUCCAUGCGCAGUGGGGGCCUAGCAAGGGCGCCGCGCCGCGCAAGGCGGCGGGCCUGCUCACGAUGAGCGACCUCGGCUGGCGCUGGCGCGACGACAAUAACAUCUUCUCCCUCCGCGAGCCGCCGCCGCUCCUCCCGGAGCCGGAGGCGGACGUGCUGGUGCGGCUAGCGCGACCGGCGGACGGCGCGGCGACGGCCCUCCCUGAGGUGAAGGGGCGGCUCAAGAGAGCUCUCGCUCACGUCGAUGCGUGCGUGGCGCUCUUUGACCACGCGCUCCACCUGCACCUGUAUCGGUGGGAGUACGACUCCAAGAGCAAGUGCGACCUUUGCUUCUUCCUGGACCAGCGUGAUCGAAUCGGGCUCCCAAACUUGCCCGUUUGCGGUUCGCUCCUUCGCGGCGGCCACCGUCUCCAUCUGGCCAUGCCGCAGAAGCACCGCUUCGAGGACGACGGGCCGAGCGCGGCCGGACAGGUGCUGCUCGAAGGAAGUGCCGCUCAGCGGCAGGAGCUGCUCGCAGCCCUCCGUCAAAUCGCGGCCGAACGGGGCGAGGGCGCGCUCGAGGGCAUCGUCGGCGACGAUCUGCGGAUCGCGAUGCCGCACUCAUCGCAGCAGCUGGUCAACGAGUGCAUGCUCGCCCUGCUCGCCCUGACCAAGUCUGCGCGCGUCUCCAAGCCGGCACAACUCGCGGCGGCGCUGCACCUGUGCAGGCUGCCGGCCAGCGAGGCAGAGGUUGCGGCGAGGCUCGACGCGCCGAAAGCCACACCGGCCCUGCUCGACGCGGGCUUGCGGCGCCGCCGCUGGCAGCAGCGGCGCUGCUUCUUCUUGGUCCGCCAGCACGGGCCGAGCAGCCAUGUGCUCUGCCGCCUCCCGCGGGAGCUCUUCGAGCACGUGGUGAGCUUCGCGUGACAGACCAUUUGGAUUUGCGCGUCGAGGUCGAUCGGACCGAACGAGAGUGGGCCAUGAAACUGAAUCAAAUUGUCGAUUGUGAUUUGUGAGUAUGUGACGAAGGGUGUGCCCUCUGAAGACUGAACAAGAAUUGUUUCAAGCGGAGC